AUGUCUUCGAUGAGCAGAUCCCGGGGGAGCCUCUCCCCAGCCGCCUCCGAGAGAUCCACGCUCCCCAUGGGAGCUUCAGCCGAACCAGGCAGCCCGGAGUUCAAGCCACUAGAACCGACCAGAGAGCAGUUGCUAACGCACUUUUUCGAGCGAUUCAAGUUCUACACGUCACUUUGCCUCGGCACGUCAGCUAUACUCGCAGUCUUCGCCUUCCUAUUCUUAAUACCCUUUGUCGUGGAGCCCGCGAUCCAAACCAUUCUAGCAGAAUUCGUCCCAGAAGCUGGUAUCUGUGCGGUAUCCGAACACGUCCAAGCGAAUACUUUAACCAACUGCACAUGGGCAUCAUGUCGGGAGGGCUGCACAACUGCCCACACAAAAUGCCACAAGAUCCGCGUCAAUCUAGCAAGAAGACCUUAUGAGGAAGGCGCAAAAGUACCAAAGGAAUGGGACGAAACUGACUUGAAAUUCCUAAUCAACCCUGAGGGUUGCGGAUAUCCACCGAGAGUGAACUGUUCUAUAUUCGCAAGCGAGUAUGCAGGGCCUAAAGCCCCGAAGAUAUUUCCAUGUUACUAUAGCCUGACGAGGCCAGAUCUGGUGGUCGCGAGGUAUUCAUGGGAGUCUACUGUCAGGGGCUUGAUAUUGGCCCUGGUGCUACCCACGACUGUUUUCGUGUUCAGUCUAAGUGUGCUCGCUUAUUGGCACUGCCGCUGCUGCGACAGAGCAUGCAAUAGGCGAGUUCACGCCGAAUCGUAUGCGAGUAAAGAGGACAGCAAACUGCUCUGCGAGUUGGAUGACGAUCCGAGUGACGAAGUGUUCUGA